CCAAACCAAAAACCCUUUCGCCGUUUCUUGCUUUCACUAACCUCGCCGGCGUUGUUCCCUUUCCAUGUCACAAACUUUGUCCUCGAUCUCAGCUGGGUUUCCCAUAAAAGUUCUCUCUUUCCCGAGAAACCCCGUUUCAUGGUUAGGAUCUUAGCGUCACGAGUAAGAUGCUAUGGAGAUGCAAUUGGGUGAAGCAGAGGAAGAGAAUCCUUAACACACUCAGUUUCUCUUCGAUUCACGGUCAAUAUCCUCGGGAGUAUACUGCCGCGAAGCCACUCACGCACGAUAAUGUGUAUUCUUGUUUACGAGAAUCUCCAGCUGAUCUCAAAACUUUGAAUUUCUUCUUCUGGUGCGCGAAGCAGAACAAUUACUUCCACGAUGAUCGAGCAUUUGAUCACAUGGUUGGUGUUGUUGAGAAACUAACUCGUGAAUACUAUAGCAUUGAUCGAAUCAUAGAGAGAUUGAAAAUCUCUGGUUGUGAGAUUAAGCCUCGGGUUUUUUUGUUGUUGCUGGAAAUAUUUUGGCGUGGCCAUAUCUAUGAUAAGGCUAUUGAGGUUUACACUGGCAUGAGUAGUUUUGGAUUUGUGCCCAACACUCGUGCCAUGAAUAUGAUGAUGGAUGUUAAUUUCAAACUCAAUGUUGUUAAUGGAGCUCUGGAAAUUUUUGAAGGAAUCCGUUUUCGAAAUUUCUUUAGUUUCGACAUUGCAUUGAGUCAUUUUUGCAGUAGAGGGGGUAGAGGGGAUUUGGUUGGUGUGAAGAUAGUUUUGAAGAGAAUGAUUGGAGAAGGUUUUUAUCCUAACAGAGAGAGGUUUGGGCAGAUUCUUAGGCUGUGCUGUAGAACAGGCUGCGUCUCUGAAGCAUUUCAAGUAGUUGGAUUGAUGAUUUGUAGUGGAAUCUCUGUAUCUGUUAAUGUAUGGAGCAUGUUGGUUAGCGGGUUUUUUCGUUCAGGAGAGCCGCAAAAGGCGGUUGAUCUGUUCAAUAAGAUGAUUCAGAUUGGUUGCUCACCUAAUCUUGUGACGUAUACUAGUUUGAUCAAAGGGUUUGUGGAUUUAGGAAUGGUUGAUGAAGCGUUUACCGUGCUAAGUAAAGUGCAAUCUGAAGGUUUAGCUCCAGAUAUUGUUCUUUGCAAUUUGAUGAUACACACGUACACAAGACUCGGAAGAUUCGAAGAAGCUCGUAAGGUUUUCACUAGUUUGGAAAAAAGGAAACUUGUGCCGGAUCAGUAUACUUUUGCAUCAAUACUGUCUAGUCUAUGUUUGUCUGGGAAGUUUGAUCUCGUUCCUAGGAUCACCCACGGUAUAGGAACAGAUUUUGAUCUGGUUACUGGAAACUUGCUCUCAAACUGUUUCAGCAAGAUUGGUUACAAUUCGUACGCUUUGAAAGUACUCAGCAUCAUGUCUUACAAAGAUUUUGCUUUGGAUUGUUAUACAUAUACUGUGUAUCUUAGUGCACUUUGUCGAGGAGGAGCACCUCGCGCUGCCAUUAAGAUGUAUAAAAUAAUAAUCAAGGAGAAAAAACAUCUCGAUGCUCAUUUUCAUUCUGCGAUAAUCGACAGUCUUAUAGAGCUUGGUAAAUACAAUACCGCGGUUCAUUUGUUUAAACGAUGCAUCUUGGAGAAGUAUCCUUUAGAUGUUGUGUCGUAUACAGUAGCUAUUAAGGGGCUUGUGCGUGCGAAAAGGAUCGAGGAAGCCUAUUCUUUGUGUUGCGACAUGAAAGAAGGUGGGAUUUAUCCGAAUCGACGGACUUAUCGGACUAUUAUUUCUGGUCUGUGCAAGGAGAAGGAGACUGAGAAAGUGAGAAAGAUUUUGAGGGAAUGCAUCCAGGAGGGAGUUGAGUUGGAUCCUAAUACUAAGUUUCAAGUGUAUAGUCUCUUGUCUCGAUAUCGCGGAGACUUUUCUGAAUUUAGAUCGGUUUUCGAGAAAUGGAAAUCGGAAUUUACAGAAAAUGUGGAUGUUUCCGAUUCCGACGAUGAAUUAUUUGUUUCUGUUGGUUGA